ACCCAAUCAGGAACAUUAUCCUCAUUUUCGUGUAGAGGAUGCAAUUAAAUUUGUCCCUAAAUUUAAUAAAACCGAGCCAGAGUAUUAAUUCAUUCAUUUUGAGCGUGUAGCUGCCUUGCAUGGUUGGCCCGAAGAUAAGUGGGUAUUACUUGUACACAACGCAUUUGUUGGCAGGGCACAAGAGGUUUUCUCAGCUCUGGAUUUGGUACAGUCACAGAAUUAUCAUCUUGUAAAAGAGGCUGUGUUAAAUGUUUAUAAAAAAGUACCCGAGGCUUAUAGACAGGAUUUCCGUAAUUACCGUAAAGAUGGUAUACAAAGCUUUGUUGAAUUUAUCCGCCAAAAGCAACUAUUGUGUAAAAAAUGGGUCGAGAGUGAACUUGAUGCACUAGAGUACGAUAAAUUGCUAGAAUUGUUUAUACUCGAGGAUAUAAAGAAGUGUAUGCCUGUAAAAGUUCGCUCUCACAUUGACGAGGUCGGGAGUGCCGCCGAUCAUUUCGCUCUCACUAAUCCGAACUACUCUUGCAGAUCUAAUGAACCUUCAUUCCAGUCUAACCAGCAUAGUGGUGAAGGGAUGGAGUAUAGUGCCAGGAGGACUGAACUGCCAGAUACCCACAGGACUGUUAAUGCAAAGUCGUCAGAAACAGGUGGUGAGAGUAGGAAUUUUGCUUCACGCGGAUUUCUUAGUGCCGAUGAAUCGUGCACGUCUUCAUCCCCGGUCACUAUACUACGGGACUCGGCUGCAGAUAUACCAUUGGUGCUCAAAGAGGCUGUUCCUAACCCUGACUGUUACACUGGAGAGAUGGAGUAUGAUAAACUAUUCAGUGAUGUACCACUUCUCUGCCCUCUGCUGGAACACGAUGUUGAGACUAGAUACCGAGAAGAGGGCAUUCCUGCAGACAGAGAUUCAACGUCUGAAAGAGCCUUAGCCCCUGGGCCUCCCCUGUGGUCCUAG